AUGGCACCACAAAUGGCGCAAACGACCAUGGCUCCAGCACCAGCGCAAACGACUUUGGCACCACAAAUGGCGCAAACGACCAUGGCUCCAGCACCAGCGCAAACGACUAUGGCACCACAAAUGGCGCAAACGACCAUAGCUCCAGCACCAGCGCAAACGACUAUGGCACCACAAAUGGCGCAAACGACCAUAGCUCCAGCACCAGCGCAAACGACUAUGAUACCACAAAUGGUGCAAACGACCAUGGCUCCAGAUCUGCCACAGACAACUAUGACUCCACAAAUGGCACAAACAACCAUGGCGCAAACGGCACCAUUGAGCAUCAUAUCUGCAAAUAUGACGAAGAUCAGAGUAAACAGUCAAAACAGUAUGAGUCAAUUGACAGGCGACCUUAACGAUCUCGGUAUUCUCGAGCAGAGUGAAUGUCUUCCGGCUGACAGUCCACCCUUCCAUAAUAUUAUUCAACUACAACUGGAAACUGUGAGCGUCACCAAAAUAUUUGUUUUGAUAAAUGGAACCAGUCUGGUCUGUGACCCAUGGGCAUACAAGAAUCAACACCAAUUGCAAGUGAAGAUCCACACGACAUCAAAUACGGGUGACGAGUCUUCGAUACUUGGUCGUUUCCGCUUCUGCGAGGCACAAUUCUAUCCUGAUGGGGUUCCUGGGGUGUGCACAUACAUUUGUCCAUGUGACACACAUCACUGCGAAUACGUGUUUCUGGACUGGUUUGCACUAACGGAUGUUCCUGACCAAAGUAUAUGUAUGGUUGAAGUAAGGAGUGAUUUACAACUACUUCAGAUCAAAGUAUAAAUUGCAUAUUUAUCAAAUUCCUAGGUACUAGACAAGUAUAUGUGUGGUUGAACUAAUUUGCUAACGAGGAAUAUUUCAGAACAGAGUAUGAUAUACAGUGUGUCUCAAAAAUAUGUUACACUUACAAAAAUUUCAAUAUCUUUCAUAAUUUCGACUUUCCCCUAAAAUAUACUUUGGAUACAAAAAGACAAAUCUUUCUCAAAUAAUUUGACACCAUCAGAUUCAAAAUCUGUCCUU